AUGAUAACGUCUCAAACUUCAAGUAGCUCAUUGAAUAGUGUAAGCUCGUUGACAAAUGAGAUUUCUUCUGGAUAUCCUGAAAAAUUUAAAGAAUGUUGUGUUAUUGCAAGAAAAGUUUAUAUUGAUCAUCGUGAGAAUAAAAAGUCUUUGACAGUAAUUGUGACUUCGCAUUGUGAAUUGAUUGAAUGUAUAGAAAACGAAGUUUCCAAUUACAUUAAUUUCAACCAUGAAGUGACAUCGAUUGAGGACAAUGAGUUUAUUACUUCUGAUAAUGUCGAUUUUGAUGUGAUGACUUUGAUUUCUGAUAUUGUUGUUUAUGUUGUCAGAAUCAAAUCUGUUUUAUUGACGAUAAAAAGAAAAUCAUCUCAGUUGAAGAUAUUAAAAGUUUUCUCCAAUGUUGAUUCCUUCAAUAUCAAAUACAAUAAAAAUGAAAACAGCGCAGCAAUUUUUGUGACAUUCCAUGAUAAGUCACAGAGGAAAAUAAAUCCUCAUUGUGAUGAUCUCGAUGAUUUAAAUUGUAUAAAAAGUGAAAAAUUUAUGAAAAUGAUUCAAUAUGCGACGGGUAAAUCGAAAAAAGCUCGUUUUUUACUGGAAAGCAUCUCUAAAGAUAUUGAAGAGUUACAUUUCAUGAGCACGAAACAUCUGCCGCGUGUGUUACUUUCAGAGAAUACAAUUCUAUUGCUCAUUGCGUAA